AUGACGUUUCAACAGAGGAUUAUACCAUUUUAUUUGGGAGAAGGUGCAGAGGAUUUGCUUCUACGGUGCGAGAUCCAAAGAGCUGGUCAUAAGAAAUCAUCCAGUAGGAGGCAGCGGCAAGAUAACCUUUGUUUUAAAGGGAAGUCCCUAAGUGCACACCAUGCCGUGCUCGAAGUGGAGCAGCCCAGGAUAUGGGACCUGUCCGAGUCCAUUGCCGAGCAGUUCCUCGUGCGCUUGACCACGCAAGGCGAAUAUCCAUCCGUAAACCUUGGGCUCAACAACAUACGGCAACUCUCCAGGAACUUCAUGAUAAGGCAAAACGAUAUCAUUGGUUUGGUGGCAAGAGAGGUAAUCUGUAAUGGCUAUACAGAAAUAGAAUCGAGAUACAAAUUCCAAGUGAGGUUCGAAAGGGACACCGAACUUGCGGAGAAGUGGUAUCUCAUAUUCAUGGAUGUGACGGGGAAGUUACAGUACGAAACUGCAAGAAACUAUUUAGAAGCCGCUCGUUUCGUGAACUAUUCGAAUAAGUUGGCCGACUGCGAGCGGGUAUUCAAGUACUCUAUGCCAAAGGCUAUAGAAGAUCAUGAAUUCGACGCAGCAGCAGUGCGAGAUGAUCAGGAACAACAAAGUUCUGAAGAAUCACGUUGCGUUAGUAUUGGGUCGUCAUGUGAGGAGAGGGAAACACAAAUCUCUCUUAGUAAAUAUUUCGAUCCGCAGCUGUACUGUGAUUACGAACAGUUGACCAGUGAGCCCUGUCAAUCAAUGGUUUACUUGGAUGUGAACGCUAUAAAUUUGAGUGUUGAUGAGGUAAAUACCGAUUCCUUGGAACCACUGGAAGAACAGCUUCUAUCGAAAUCCAAACACCCUGGCAAAUCAAAGCACGAAGAUAGUCUAUCAGCCUCCCUUUAUCGUGCCGUGCUUUACAGUCUCUGUUUAUCGCUCGGAGCGAUCUUCACUCUACUGUUCUUGGCAAGCCAGGAUGACAGUGUUGAAUACGACAUGUACUGA